AUGGCUGUGUACGGAAGAUCAACAAAGCUCUUCAUGGCAUCACCGGUAUUCAGUUUCUAUGGCUUACAGCACGACAUGUGUUUAACGGUUGUGUUAAGUGUAGUGCGUGCGUCUAUAACACAAUGUUUAUUGGCCACAGGUAUAUAUGAUAUCUACGUUGAUUUAUGUCAGCAGAAGAUAACAGUAGUUGGGUGGGCAGAUCCUGAUAUAAUAGUCAAAGCCAUCAUGAAAACAAGAAAAAGGGCAGUCAUUUCUUCACAUUCAGAACAGUUCGAUCAACCAAAAGAACCAACACCUGAAGGUGGGGCCACUAAUGGAGGAGCACCACUUUCGGAGUCCACCAAACUGCCAGCAGAGAAGACACCGCCUGAAGGUGGGGCCAUUGAUGGAGGAGCAACACCUUUGGAGUCCACAAACCCGCCAGCAGACAUGACAACACCAGAAGAGUCAUUGAAAGAACAAAAAGACCAGGAAAAUCCAUCGCGUGAAUCUGCUAUUGCCACAAGCAGUGGAUUGACUGGAUAUCCUGAACCAAAAGAUCGUUUAGCAAUUCAUGUCAUACACCACCAGCCACCCAACUACGGAUAUCGAUAUGGCUACAAUUAUAGUUAUCAACAGGGCUAUGGUGGACAAUGGCACGACUCCCAUGGUGGUCUAGGAUUCACAAGGGAACAGUCUCAGCCACCUCAACCUGUUUGCGUGACUCAUGGUUACAACACAUACAAGCCAUCGCUAUGUGUAACAGAAUAUGCCUAUCCAGUUCCCGAUCCACCGCCACGGUACUCACAGUAUAGUAGACCAGACGACUAUAGUCAGGAUUACUACAGUGGGAACAUUGGCAAUGGCAAUAUCACAUCAAUGUUUAGUGAGGACAACCCAAAUGCAUGCAGAAUAGUGUAA